UUAUUUUUAAAUAAAGACGUCAUUUCUGGUGAGUCGGUAUUUGUGAACACAAUGGUUUGUCUUUCUUAGUGGAUUUGAGCAGAAUUGGCACUCUCUACAAUGGCUGAAUCAGUUCUUUGCAGACGUACACCUGAAAACAGGUCCCAAACUUCUUCAGGAAACAGAUUCAGUCAUAUAAAUGCUGCACUUUUAAAAAAACGACAUAAUUAUGAUAUGCUGUGUAGUGAAAUAGAAAAUAUUCAAAAAAUUAUGGAAUGUUUGCUGCAAAAAGAAACUAUCAUAGAAGAAGAAUUUAGUGAAGUAAUUUCUAUAGAAAGAAGAGGGCGACGAGUAGCUAAACUUUUAGAAAUAUUGUUCACAAGGCCGACUGGACAAUGGGAAGAAACAUUCCUAGACAUUCUUGAAGUCACUGGUCAGAGUAAUGUUAUCAACAGACUAAAAAAACGUACACCUCCCAGUUCACCGAGUGCUAUACGACCUUUGCGAAAUACGAAUUUAAUGCAAAGAGUAUUGCUCAUGGAAGAAGACGCAGAAGACUCUAUUAUAAGAAGAUAUAGUGUAGAGCGUGUCCAAGCCGCUCGAGAUAUUUUAGAUUCCGAUAUAGUAUCAAUAUACAAAGGUUCCAUAUUGUUUAUACUUGACCCGUCAUCUGAGAAGGCCAUUGAAGAACUGUGGGAAAGACACGCCGGCAGUGAUAAAAUACGUAAAUUUCUGAGCAUGAUUCUAAAAGACUAUGAAUUCAAAGAAAAAUUCAACCGGAAAAGAAUAGUUAAAGUUGAGCUUACAGAAGAACCAAAUGAAUUUCAUUGUCGGGUUAGAAAGUCAAGUUGCAAGUUCCUGGAUUAUAUAUUAGAUAUCUCACCAAAAGACUGCUCGGAGUGCUUUCGUCGAACUGUUGUUGAAUGCUAUCAAAAUUUAUUAGAUGAAAUAGAAACAAAGAUGAUUCAGAAAACAUUCCAUGGAAAAGAUUCUAUUGUCCCUGACUUCAUCAAAAUAGCCGCUGCUGGAUAA